AUGGAUAGUCCACCAGCUUUUAUCUUAGUCGAUGCUUUUAUCGCAGGCCUGUUUCAUCAUGCAUCUAGUUGGAAAGAUGUGCUUUCGCUAUUAUUAGUAUGUCAACAGUUCAACUAUAUUGGACAGAAACAAGCAAUCAACGUCCCCUUCCACAUUAACGCCGAUUUCGGUUGUGGAAAGUUCGCAGCUCCUUCAACAAUGGCAACAGUAGUACACAUUGAUUGUAAUUCUUACACCGAGGAAGCUGUCUUCAACUAUAUCGUAACUUCUUUCACAAGCUGCUUUGUCGUUGGCAUUAAUUUUAAUGACUUAAACAAGUUGUCGACAAUUAAAAAGAUAUGUAAGACUGUUUUAAGGAAAGGAAUAUCGUUGGAUAUACUUGAUUCUUGUAAUACAAAGGUGCACGAUAUCAUUUACACGCUCACCAAGAAAUACAGUGAAAAAUACAAAGAUUACAAAAUGAAACAAAGUGGAUCGAAACUCAUCAAAAGGAAACAUUCUGAAGAUGACUUCAUUAUGCUGCGAGUUCCCAAAGAUACUCGAUUAAGACAGAAGUUUUCAUUAGCGCAUCUAUUGCAUAUUGACGUUCUGCCAAACGUAAAUAGCAAUGUUGAAAAUCCCUUCGCCACCAUUAGCCAUAUAACUAUGUACAAAGAUAUUAUAAAUAUUUCAUUCUUUACUUCUGGUUUUGAUGAAGCAUCUUCUCAGAUUCAACAAUUCAUAAACUGUAUUAUCAAAUUUAAUGGAUUCUCAUUAUUGGUCAAUAGCUUCGAUGUGUUCUAUCAUAAUCAUAAGUAUUAUGACGAUUGUGCUCAUGCCUUAAACAGAAUUGACCGAGUAAUCACAGCUAGGGUUUCUCGCAAAACAUACACUGAUAAACAAUUUAUGGAAAUCUCAAUAUUUGCUGGUUAUUAUGAGCUGUUGGUCGUAGCUGGAUAUAUUCACAAGCAUGGGUCAAUUACCCCAUUCUUAGGAUCGUCAGUAGGCAAUUUCAAAUUAGAUGAAGAUACUACUACAUGUAUCAAAGUCCCUGCUCUUGCGUCAGAGUUCAUUUGUACCAAGCGUCUUUUGAACCAGUAUGUAAAACGUCGCUCUCAUAAUUUAUGGGGAUUUCAUUGUGCACGAUCUUUUGCAGGAGGCAUUUACCCUAUUUCACCUAUUGAGCUAAUGAAUCAUGCUAGUCAGAAAGCUAGGAUGCUCAAUAAUCAUCAUUUCAACUCUGUUGUUCUUCACCUAUUUUCAUCUCCAAAGGCGAUAAAAAGCAAGGAUUUGGAAGCACUAUGGUCGCUGAUAAUCCGUUUACCUUUCUUCAAAACAAAGAUGGAAGCAGUCAGUACAACACCAACAAACUUCGCUGAAAUGUCUGAUAUUUUGAAAAAAAUCAAAGAUGAUAGCCAUACAGGAUCUUUGAUUCAUAUUCUUGGCUCUUUACAAUUAAAAACACCUUGCUUUUUCUUAUCACUUUAUGGUGAGACAGUUGCAAAAGACAUUGCACUAAAAAUUGUGACACCCCUAUAA